UCGUGCGAGUGUGUUGGGACAAGGGCUGUGACGAAGCACAAUUAAGCCCGUGCUCUCUGUUGCCUGUGUUGCGGGAGUUCCGGGAUGUGAUUUUUCUGGCGUGGCGGCGAUAAAGAGACCCGAGUCGAGUUUCUUUCCUUCCUGCUGGGCCGUAUAUGUGUGUGUGGGUUUACCGUGGUGACGGUGGUUGGGUGCGUACGUGCAAAAAUGUCUACUCGGAUCCUUGAAAUCCGUUUUUGGCCGAAGGCAAUAUGUGUGCGAAUGAAUACUGCUGUGAUCGGGCACGGGAAGCCGAAGGAAGGCUUGCUGCCCGGGGUGAGGGGUAGCGUCUCUCAAGUGGCUUCCCGUCCGGCGUCUUCGUCCUCGUCGUCUACCGUCCGGGUGCAUCGAAAGCGAUGACGAGGGUCUACUUUUCUGUGCCAUCGCAAGAAAAGAGUGAAACCAAACAAAAACAAAUCAAACCCCCAGCUCCGCAAAGGAGGCAGAAAAACCCUGCACAUGCCCCCUGUUCAAGCAGUGCGCGCGUGUGUGUUACGUCAAACGGUUGGUGCCGCAGGCGAAGGAAGAUGAAUGUGUUGUUGGUGGCGGAACGAAGAAGAACGCAUCGAGUGUUUAUUUUCCGUUCCCUGCCGUGCGGCGUGACUGUCGCUGCCCGUGACUCCGUGUGUGGUGUGGUAGCUAAUUUGCCCCAGCAGAUCGGUCGCAUCCGUAGCACCUUUCCGUCGGUGCGCCGAAAGCAGCGUGCCCUGCUGUUGUCCGACCAGCACAAAAGAGCGCGCAAUUGAACGAACGAGCGAAAUCGAAAACCCCAGCAACAGCGGCCCGCGUCCGUGUGUUUGUGUGUAUAUUUGUGUGUGAGUUUGCGUGUGUGCACGCGCGUUCGUGCUUAACGAAACCAUCGCACUGCCCCCACCGAAGUGUCAGAGCGGUGCGCCGCCGUGGUCGCUUGACGAAAACGUCAAACCCAUAUUCAUCCAUCUUUACUUAACGAAGUUGUGCAGUUGCGUCCGACUAAAAAUGGGCAGUGGGUUCGCGACGGAAGAAAAUGGCGUCUGCCAACUUUUUGGAGGAAGCUCUUAAAUCAGACGUCGACGAGUCCGCGGUGAAUGCGAUUGUCGGUACGCUGGAAAACCAGCUGGACGUGAACACGAACCAAGCGCCAGCGGCAGGAGUGCAACAAGUCGACGGUGGGAAACGCACCGAAACGACGGCCGUCCUGUCUAAUGGGGGCACGGCGACUGGUGCCAGCAGCAAUCGCAGUAGCAGUGCUUCACCACCAGCAGCAGCAGCAGCAGUGUCGAAGAAGCACGUCGUCGUCGGCGGCGGCGGUGGCCUCAUUACGAAUGGUGAAAUAGUGUCGAAUAAUAGUGCGAACCACGGUGGCAGUGCUAUCAUUAACAACAAUACGAUUACGACCAACAACAACAACCUUGGCAAGACGUUCGUGGUGAACGCGAGUGUGCACAGCUCGAUAACGUCCUCGACGACGACGACGGGCACAGUGAUCGGCGGUAGUGGUGGUAGUGGUGGUGUCAAAACGGUUGUUGGCGGCAGCGCUAAUAACCAUAAUAGCGUUGGUAGUGUGAGUGUAUCGUUAUCGAACAGCAAUAAUAAUAAUAGCGGUGGUGCUCAGCAGCAACAUCAGCAGCAGCAGCAGCAGCAGCAGCAUCAGCUGCAACGUAACGCGCACCCAGCAACGGUGGUUGCCACGGGGGGUACAACCGGCGGCGGAGGCGGCGGAACCGUCAACAUCAUCAGCCAGCAGAUCGUGGUGCCUGCGCGCAGCGGUAGCGGCACUACCGUCGUUGGCGGUCAGCAGCACCACCAGCAUCCUCCUCCUCCGCCGUUCAACGUCCCACCGCAGCAGCCGACGAACGUCAGCAGCAGCGGGAACAUCGUACUGAGCAGCAACGCGCACCACCACCACAUCGUAACGUCGUCGAAUAUGCCAAAGAAUGAACCAGUGAAGCUGGUUUAUCCUGCCGGCGGUCCACAGGCGGUGCUCAACAUGAACAACAACCGGGUCACGCUGACCCCGUCCUCGCUGCCGAACGGGGGCACGCUCACCAUGUCCCAGCAGCCGCAGCUGAUCCAGACGAGCGUUGGCGGCGCGAAAACGCUGACCGGCGCCACGAUCCAGCAGCACCAGCAGCAGCAGCAGGCGACGGUCGUGAACCAGGCCGGCCAGCAGCAGCAGCAGCAGCAACAACCGGGGCAGCAACCGGGCCAGCAGACGAUCAUCAUCAAGAACGCGUCCGGCGGCAACACGGUCAUGAAUGCCGGGGCGCCCGGCAUCGUGACGGUUUCGAAACCGAUGAACAAUCAGGCAACACCAAACAUAGUCGGUUUACCCGGUGGUGUACAAAUUGUAAAUGUUAGACCCGGCGCACAACCCACACAAGCACAGCAGAAAACUGUUGCCGCUGUAUCACCUAGAGUUGUCAUUGGUAGUCAGCCAAUAGUUAGUACUAGACCACCAAACGCAAGCGCUAUCACUUUAAGUGCCCUUCAAGGACAGCCGGGUUCGACGCUGCUGCUGAAGAAUGAGCAGGGCCAGUUUCAGCUGCUCCGGAUCGGACCGGCCCCCGCCGGUACCCAAAUAACGCCCGCCGGUCUGACGGGGUCGUCCGCGAAUCAGACGAUACGGUUGCAAACUGUACCAGCUACACAUUCAUCCGGUUCCGGUGCAAUAAUAGUAAGCUCUCAGUCGAUAACGACGACCCCGGCCAGCUACAUCUCGACCCAGCCGACGCCGGUCGCAUCGGUUGCGCCGGUACCGGCCCUGGCCGCGCAGCAAAAUAUCACGAUCACUCACUCGCCGUCCCAAGUGGGAGGGCAACCGACCGUGCUGGCGGCACAGCAGCAGCAGCAGCAGCAACAGACGACGACGGUCGUCGCAACACCUCAUUCCGUGGGCCAACAACAGUCGCAGCAGCAGCAGCAGACGGUGGUGGUCACUACCACGCCCGGCACGACGCCGGCCCAGCAGCGAAACUCCUUAGAUAAUACCAAAGAAAAGUGUAGCAAAUUUUUGACGAACCUGAUCGAACUCUCCAAGCGGGAACCGGCCAAGGUGGAGCAGAAUGUGCGAACGCUGAUACAGGAGUUGGUGGACGCGAACGUCGAUCCGGCGGAGUUUUGCGAGCGACUCGAGCGUCUACUGAAUGCGAGUCCGCAGCCCUGCUUGAUUGGAUUUUUAAAGAAAAGCUUACCACUGCUAAGGCAAUCGCUAGUGACUAAAGAGAUAACGAUCGAAGGUAUCAACCCGCCCUCAACCGCUGUAGCAUUCGGCACUACCGCCUUAUCCCAAAUUCCUGCCCAAAUACGCCCGGUCGCACCGACGAUCGUGUCGCAGAACAGCAUGGUCGGCCAGACGCAAAUCCGCAUGCUAACCUCUCAGUCCGGCGUGACGACGGUGCCACGCAUCGGGCAGACCACCAUCCGGCCGGCGGCACCCGUGCGAAUACAGACGCCGCUGCAGCAGCAGCAACAGCAGGCCGGCGGCACAACGACCACGAUCGUGGGACCACGCUCCAUCACUGCCCAGCAGAUCCGACCGAACGCGACCACGAUCGGCCACACGACGAUCGUGCAGACGGCGGGCGGCCAGCAGCUGCCACAAACCAUCUCAACCACACCCCCUGCAUUGCUACCGAUUCGCGCACCAUCGGGCACCUCGAUUACACGUACUGGGGCGACGUUACAGAUACGCACCACUACGCCGGUGUCGCGCACGGUCACGUCCGUCGGCGGCACGACGGUGACGACCGGCGGGCUCGGCAAACAGCUUCUCCAGUCGCAGGUCAAUCAGAACCGGGGCCAGACGCCGGUCGCCUCGGUUGCGGCCGUUGCGGCCGCGGCGGCAGCAGCCGCCUCCGGCACGACCGCGACGCAGGUCAAGCAAGUGACAGCAAUUACCGGCGGCGGGAACGUGGUGGUCAGUUUGAACCAAGUGCCACCACCGAUGCAGCCAGUCUCAGGGAACGCCAGCAUCAUUGGCGGCACGGCCGUCAGCCUGGUGCCAACGAUGCCCGCCCUCACGCUCACCUCGUCGGCGGUCAGUGCCGUCGGGCUGAGCGCCGCCGGCAUUGUGUCCUCUUCUUCCGCUUCCUCCUCUUCCUCCUCCUCUUCCUCGGCAGCGACAACGGUGGUGCCGCCCGGUGGCAUUUCCGCGACGGUAGUAGUGAACUCCGUCCCGUCAGCCACACCGGCGGCGGCGGUGGCGUCCGCGGCGGCUCCACCCACGGGAACUACUUCGAUCGGCACGGCAGCAAGCGGCGUCGGUGGCGCGUCCAGCAGCAGCAGUGCUGCGACCGUCACGACCGUAUCGACUAAUAAAACUGUUACCGCUAAAUCGCAGAACCUCUCGGGGGCGUCCAAGAAGAAGGCUGGCGCGGCGUCGGCCGCGAGCGGCACGGACGCGGAGAGUGCGGCGAGCAAGCGGGCGGGCGCGUCGGCCCAGUCGCAGUUCUACCACCACCACGCGUCCAUGUACGGGGACGACGACAUCAACGAUGUGGCGGCGAUGGGCGGCGUCAACCUGGCGGAGGAAACGCAGCGCAUCCUCGGGUCGACCGAGUUCGUCGGCACGCAGAUCCGGUCGUGCAAGGACGAGGUGUUUCUGCACCUUCCCGCCCUGCAGGCGAGAAUACGGGCAAUCAUAGCGCGGCACGGGCUGGAGGAGCCGAGCAACGAGGUGGCGGUGCUGAUAUCGCACGCCUGCCAGGAGCGGCUGAAGAACGUCGUGGAGAAGCUGGCCAUCAUUGCGGAGCACCGGAUAGAUAUUAUCAAGGUGGAUCCACGGUACGAAGUCACCAAGGACGUGCGGGGACAGAUAAAGUUUCUCGAAGAGCUCGACAAGGCGGAGCAAAAGCGGCACGAAGAGCAGGAGCGUGAAAUGCUGAUGCGGGCCGCGAAAUCGCGCUCGAAAACGGAAGAUCCGGAGCAGGCCAAGCUGAAGGCGAAGGCGAAAGAAAUGCAACGUGCCGAAAUGGAAGAGCUCCGGCAGCGAGACGCCAAUUUGACCGCCCUGCAAGCCAUCGGGCCGCGAAAGAAGCCCAAACUGGAGGAAGGUGCCUCGGCAUCCACCACGCCCGGAGUGUCCGGAAUCGGCACGCUAAGCGGGAAGGCGCCCACCCCGCUGCGGCCGCGCAUCAAACGUGUCAACCUGCGUGAUAUGCUGUUCUAUCUGGAGCAGGAGAGGGAAACGGGCAAAAGUCAGAUGCUUUACAAAGCCUACCUCAAGUGAUCGAUCGUGCUGCUGUCGCCGGUGGAGGCUAGGGAACGGAUGAGGAUGAUGAUGAUGCUGCUGAUGGUGCUGUUGAUCGAGUUCCUCCAGCGCAGGACCCUACCACACCUGCACACACUUGUUUCCACACCGAUGGCGACUUUUGUUACACAAACGUGUCUGAAUGUGUGUAUUUUAAGGGCAACGGAAGUGUGGCAAGAGCGUGUAAAGCUUCCGAAUAGCAGCUGCAAGGAAUUGUUGGAUUCAAAUGGCAAAAAUGUAGAUUUUUUUCCUGCAUCCAUCAACAAAAUCCCAACGAGAGACGAUUGUGGAAAGCGGAGGGUAGACAAAAGGAAGAGCUAGUGUGAGUGAAAGAUAGUACACACAUAUGUGGUUCCGAUCGUGAAUAUCGAUCGAUCCAAACACCAAGCAGAGCGAAGAGCGAAGGACAGAUUCAUCUUGCAUGUCUACUUGACCUGUCGCGCAUCAACCAGCUAGCAGCUAGGAGAAGAGAGGCGGGUUAGGAUGCGAACUGAUUUUCUAUGUUAUAAACGAUAGAUUCCUAACCCUUCCUUGUUUCGCAGGAGAGCGUCUUUAGCCAGUCCAGAGUGUCGUAAGUUCAGCGCGCCAGGGAAAGGAUUUUCUAAAUAGAAAUCCCCUGUCACUUCCGCAAAAGGGAAUUAAUUUUAGAACAAAAUGAAGUUCAUAGUUCAUUUUACAGUGGCACCUUGUGGUUGCAAAGAGGAAGAGAGAGAGAGCGAGGUAACGUGUUGGAAAGUAAGCUCUAUGGUGUGUGGGUGUGUACAGUUGCCAAGACGGCCCUGCAGCAGGAAAAGGGGAUGGUCUGUCUCUUCAGACAAAAGCCGAUUGCAAACUGCAGCCGGUGGCUAACUGUGGCCGGCUAAACAGUUUCUGAUUUAAAACGGUCCAAACCUUUUAGGUUUUGCGCUGUGUAUGUGUGUGUGUGGGCGUGUGCGAGCGCGCGUGUACGAUUUUGUUGUGAUGGUCAUAUGUCAGCUCGCAGAUAAUCCGCAGCUUGUGAUAUGAAACGGGCGUGUGCGUACGUGCGAUUGAAUGAGUGUAAAUACAAAACCAGAAUAAGGUCUCUUGGCGCUAACUGGUAAUAGAAAAAGGGGGAAUAAACUUUAACGAGAAGAAGAAAAAAACAACCAGCGUAUGCUAACUGCUAAACACAGUCCUUUUUUAGUUCAAUGUGUUCGAUGAGAAGAUUAGUUUAUAUGUGUUUGUUGUACAUUUUUGCGUAGAUUUCGUUUAGAGCGAGAGAAAGUAGCUUUUUUUAUCUAAUAUUUGUUUCCUUCCUAUUUCGUCUGCUUUUUUGAGUUGCGGCGUGUUUCUUUCGACAAAGAACAGGUUCAAACCUCAGCCCCUUUUUCUCCCCUUGCGCGAGGAACGGUUGUCCUGCUAAUCACGCAACAAAAAAUGCAACGGUUAGACUAGUUAAAAUGGCGAAAAUAUAUAAGAUAAAAACAGAUGAAGUUGCCAAUAUCAUACAAAGAAAAAGGAUAAUUCUCUCCCUGCUCCACGCACGCUCCACGUGGUUUAAAAUACGUUGCAAAUGGUCUAUUGCGUGCGUAUGUGUAAAUGUUCAGCCGGAAAGAGGGUGAUGGACCAGUAAUCCAAAAAAAAAAAAGAAAAAAAAAGACGAAAGUGAAACGCCCCGCAUACCAGAUUAGCAAGAAUGAGGAGGAGUAAGAGUUCAAUUUGGAUGUGUUAUCCUCCAAAGUCGCUGUUACGUUAUUUUUUGUUUGUUUUGUUUCUUAAAUUAUAAGUACGACAUCCAUGCUAAAUCCGGCCCUCUCCCCCACCCUUAGGUGAGAUAAACACAAAAACUAACGAAUGUACGCAACAGCCAAGAGAUGAAAUCGCGCUCUGGGAUAGGUUUAUUAUUAUUUAUGUGAAUAGGUUUCCAAUAGCAUACAUCUGUUUGUGUGUGUGUGUUUGGGCGAUUAAAUCUAAUUUAAUUGUGACAUUUCUAAAUCAAUGCAUAGGGAAGGAAGGAUGAACUAAAAACAAAAAAUCUUUUAAGUGGAAAGAAUCGGUGUGACAAAACAGAGAAAACAAAAAAAAUCUGGAAUCACACACUAAACCCCCCCAUGCACGGGAAAAGAUGUAGACACAGCGCUCUAGCGAAAGCGUUAAAGGCGUCAUAUCCCGUUAAGGACGAAAUAUAGUAUAGUAAAAAAAAGAAAAGGAAAUCAUUAACACCCACGGUCGUACCUUGCGUUCGUUCUCCGUUUUUGUUUUGUUUAUAUUCAUAUACAUACAUACAUAUAUAUAUUUUAGACUUUUAACGUAUGCAAUUUAAUUGAAAAUGAUCGAUCGAUCAUGUGCGAGAUCGUUGUACACUGGGGGAGCGCAACUUGUGGAGGAUGGUGGAGUAGAGUAGAUGGGGAAGUUAGUGUAUUGUAUUGUGCCGCGCACGCCAGAAUGCAGAAUGGUGAAAAGAGUGAAAAACAAACGAGGAAAACGAUCUACGGAACUAAAACAAACUUUCGGUUUAGAUGAAAAUAAAGUGAAAACACGAAAAGUCGGAAAAGAAUAGAAAGUUGAAAACUGAA